AUGAUUGCCCCGACUACAGAUCCCGUUCUCUCUUCCAAUUCCGCUGCCCCGCUCACCCAGUAUUCGCCUGACAUCAAUCCGGAGGCCCUCAAUGAAAAAGUUAUUGUCAUUGUUGGUGGUUCUAAUGGCAUCGGCGCGAGUCUCGUAGAACUCUGCUGCCAAAACAGCGCCUAUGUUUGUAUCGGUGACAUUGAUACUUCCCGUGGAGAGGCCUUGAGUAGGAAAUGCUUGGAGAAGUGGCCAGCUAUUUCGGAUCCUGCGUUGCCACCUAAGCCUCCCAGAGCCACCUUUCAUCAUGUUGACGUAACCGACUACCAGUCUGUUGUGACUCUUUUCGACCGUACCUUCCAGAUCUAUAAGCGCAUCGACCAUGUAGUCGUUACGGCGGGUAGCAUGGAAACCGGCGAGAACUGGUUCGAUCAAAAGCUAAGCUUGCAGUCUGUUCGACAGGCCCCUUCAACCAAAGAUCUCGAUGUGAAUCUCAUUGGUUCUAUGUAUGUGACACGCGUUGCCAGUGUUUAUCUUCGCCACAACCGUGGCCCCGGAGUUGAUCGGUCCAUUUUGCUUUUCUCUUGCGCCGCUGGCUUCAAGGAGACCCCAGGAGUGUCUCCCUAUCAGGUUGCCAAGCACGGCGUGCAGGGCCUGAUGAGAUCCUUGCGCCCUUACUUCCCCUCCCCGUACAAUCACAACCUUCGCAUCAACACCAUCUGCCCUUGGAUGACGGACUCUCGCUCAAGUCUCACGAAGAAAGUUGAGGACCGCUGGGCCAAGGAAGGCUUGCCUGUCAGCACUCUCGAGGAGGUCGCCCGGGUAUCUGCAGCUGUUCUCACGGAUGACUCGCUCAACGGGACCUCGAUGUAUGUGGAGGGCGGCCGCGCUUGGGAGAUUGAAGCCAAUCUGGACAGGCUGGAGCCCCAGUGGCUGGGAGAGGAGCCUUCCCGGACUCUGGCACUGGGACAGAAGGUUUUGAAUGAAGCAUGGGCUGCCUAA